CUGGAGCCCACAUUUAGUCUACCGACGUGGGCAGAGCAGACGGUCUGGUUCGAAUUCGUAUUUGACUGAUCAACAUCAAUCAGGGUUGCUGCCGUGUCUACAGUUGGAGGAAAGUCUACCCGUGGUUAAAAUACGCAAUGAAGGUCUUCGUAGUCGCCAUCCUUAUGACCUGCAUUGGAGGCAUCAUGGGACUCCAGUGUUACACUUGUGCCUCGACAACGUCCGAGGCCUGCGCGGACCCCUUCAAUGCUGAGGGCAGCGGCGUCCUGACACUUAACUGCACCAGCGGGCAGGAUGUCUGCCAGAAAUCCUCCAGCAUGGCCAGCGGGUUGAGUGUGGUCUCCAGGAGCUGUGCCUCGCAGUCUCUUUGCCAGGAUGCCAGCGGGUGUCAAACCACCAGUGCUGGCGGCGCCUCCGUCACCAAUUGCUGCUGCGGCGAUAAUCUCUGCAACGGAGCCGGGUCGCUGGCUGCCAGUGCCUUCGCUACCGUGGCCGUCAUCGUCGCGGCGGCGGUCUUUUCUCUGUAGCUCGCAAGAGACCGCAUGAGACGUUCUGCACCGAGGUUGGCUCAGUGCAGCGUUAGCCUUGUAUUUCUUGAAAUAUUCGAGACAAGUGCAAACCACGGCUUUCAAUCGUGUCUUUCUGGCGUGUGAACGUGACAUCUCGCGUGCUCGCUGGGGCGUUUUGUGUCUUGGUACAUCAGAAUGAUGAUAUGAUUAAGGUCCGUGCACUCGAUCAGAAAUAUCUGCUUUAUUUUGGGGAAAAAAAGUGGAUCACAGAGCACUUAGUUUAAUUAAAUAUGAUCCAGUCGAGACUGAGUAAACACUAUGAAGUCUUUAAUGCAUGUAAAUAGCAUAUAAAAAGAUCUGAUAUUCAUGAUGUCAUAACUCCAAUCAGAAAAUGAGCUGGGGUUUAGAUACCGUUGAUAAGGCGAUCUUGAUUGGGAAAAACAAACCAACGACAAGAAAGUUUCUUUGCCCUGACUAGUCCCCUUUCACCUUUCAAAUUUUGAACGCAAACCAACUUCAGCCAUUAGUGUCUGGUUUUUAAAGUUAUGCACCGAAUCGAGACUUCACGCAGCUUCCAGUUUACGAAAUGAACACAGGUGCUUUGCGUAUUCAGAUGUGUUGAGUGAGAUACUUGCAUCCACCUGAAGUAUUAGACAAGGUUUAAAUCAUCUCCCUGAUACGAAAAUCAUUGCCGUUUUUUGUUUUUAUAUCAACGGAGGAGGUCAUUGGGAAAACGAAUAAAGAUAAUUAUCAAUGCAUAGACGGCAGCCAGGUUGGUUGAGUUGUUGACACAUGAAUUAAAUGAUGAUCGGGUACAAUAAAGAUGCAUUUUCUGUAA